AGACGAUGAAUAUGUAAAAAAUAAUUUGAACGAUGGUGAUCGACAACAUUUUUUGUUACUAACAGCACAAGAUAAGCAAUGUAGAUACACUUAACUUGCAUGUUGAAUGUCAUGUCUGUAGGAAGUUAAAUAUAGAUCUAUUCUUUUAUAUUUUUAGCUUCAACAUUUUAUGAAAUUCGUGCAAAAACAUUGCCAUCUAAUCCAAAAUCAUUGGAUUUUGAAGUUCCAGAAUCAUAUUCAAAAACGUAUAGUGGAGAACAAUUUUUAACCUAUGAUUCAACACAUAAAAAAUUAGGUGGACGAUUAAUGAUUUUUACCACCGAAGUAUUGAUUAAAAUGUUAUGUAGUUGUGAAGUUAUAUUAAUUGAUGGUACAUUUAAAACACGUCCUAUUAUGUUUUCUCAGUUUCCUGAUAUUUCUAUCCAUGAAUGUUGGUAUCAUUUCACUCAAUCUAUUUUUCGAAAUAUUCAAAAGAUUGGAUUAACAAGUAUGUAUGAAAAUAAUGAAAAAGUUAAAAUUUGGUUGAAGAGUUUGAUGGCAUUACCAUUAAUAAUGAACAAUGCGGUUGAUUCUUCUAUUGAAUUAUUGAUUGAAAAUGUACCAUCAUCUGAUAAAUUAUUAAUUGAAUUUCAUGAAUAUUUCAAAAAUCAAUGGGUAACGCGUAUACUAAUAAAAUAUUGGAAUUUAGGACCAAUACAUCUUCGAUGUAAUAGUA